AUAAAUCAAUUAUGCAUCAGUUUACGCCCCGGUCCGUUGCAGUUACAGCAAUCAAAGAUUGACCGCACUAGCUUAAGCCAUCUUCCUCAAUUAUUAGCGAUAAAUUUCAUUAGCUUAGUAGCAGGUAGAGUUCCCGCAUUCACAGGAAAUUUUUCCGGCUCCAGGAAUUGUCUCCCGGUCCUCAAUUUACUUUUAUAGGAAACUUUUGCCCGAUUAACUGAAUAAAUGGAUUAUAGAUGUGGAACUAAAUAUGUUCGAGCCAGCAAGGCGGAAUAAAGACUAAGUCUUUUUUUUCACUGAGGGCGUAGAUCGGGUUUUUUUUUUAAUACAACCGAGACCAAAGCUCGCCUGGGAUUAAAGCAAUGAUGCUAAGAUCGGAGGAACGUUACACAGAACUGGACUGCCUUGAACACACGAGGGUGGUAGUGAUCCGUGUUAGAUCACAUCAGAUGAUAUCACGUUAAAUGUCAGCUGAUGCCGAGGAGUAAAAGACAACGAUGCUGCUUGCUCUAGGCAUCGUAUGGCUGACGUGCAAAACCGCUGUUGUGGCCAGCACGUGCUUCUUCUCAGAUCACCUGAAAAACAACGAGUGGCACUACAAAGUAAAAUCGGGACAGGGUGCCAGACAGAUUCUGCAGUUCAGCGGCGACGUCUUAGUGAUGAAAAAUCUUCAAGUUCCUGGGGAUUCCUACGAGCUUAACUGUGUAGAGAGGCGUGGUGAAUAUGCCUUUCUUUUUGAAUCCAACUCCGCAACGAGAAAACAAUUCAAGUGUUUUGAAUUUUUGGAGAGAGGCAAGUCUAUUUUACAAAUGCGAGUUUCCUCUUUCUCCGAAAAUACGGAUGUGUGUGAUGAUAGAAAGUUAGUAUUGGAUGAGUGGUUGUUAGUUUCGUAUAAAGAGAUGGACAAAGAAAUUGGACGGUGUCCGUUUAGUGGGGGUUUCAAUUUAAAGAUGCGUGAUUCUGAUGGUAACGCCCAUGGUUGUAACUUCAUGGAACUUCCUAUGAGGCUAGAGAUCGAGUGUAUAGCAGGGGAGGGAAUGACUUUUGACUUCCGGAGGAGUGAAUGUACAUACUUUGUCCCAAUGAAUAUCUAUCAAAAGACUUUUUGUGUUACAAACUGGUAUACAAAGAAUUUCAUAUUUGUAGUUAUCAAAGCCGUUAAUGGCGACGGUAUAUGGAUUAUGAGAGUACCAAAACGGGAUUUGGGUUAUUAUAAUAAUCAGAUCAUAGUGGAAUUGUUUCCCGAUUUGAUUUCGAGUGACUCGAAUACGAACAGCAACGUAGAGAAAUCGUAUUCUCUAACAUUAAAAAAAGAAGUACAACGAAGUUUUUGUGCAGACGAGUACGAAUCUUGCUCUACAAGGUUGUGUUCUCCAAUGGACAAACGCCAGUGUCCAAAAUCCUGUGGAUCGUGCGAUCCAAAUUCAGUUCUACCGAUCUGCUCAUUUCCUCGAAGGUUUCUUGGCGAAUGGUACUCACAGGAUAUCGAUGGUACGAGGAGGGUCAACAUCAGUGACUCUACUCUCUCUGUCGACGACGUAGGGGAGUUCUCUUGUGUUCAUUUUGAAGAUUCUCCGUCUCGUUCUACGAGAAUGUAUACAACGGAAUCGGUCUACUUUAACGGAUGUAGACCUCGGUACACCUGCGUGUCAUUUAAGCGUCUGGGGAAAUCUGUGCUUGGAUACAGCAUCAGCCAAAGUUUCGUUUGGCCCAUUACUUUAGACAGCCCCGGGAAGACUAUUUGCGACGAAUCCCGCUUUAGACCGGACGAAGAGCCUGUGGGUGACUUGUACCACUCCUACCCAAACUCCUUCAAGCCAAUCAUCUCCGUGUCACGAACUUUCAAAUCCACGUCAUGCGAUUUACCGUCAGUGUUCACUUUCACUGCGCAGUUUGGUGAAAACAAAAGUUGUCCUGGUGAGAUAUAUCAGGAUUGUGUAGACUCAAGUGUAUUUCGCUUAGAGUAUCACAACUGUAGAUAUGUGACAAUAAAGUCUUUUACCUAUUAUUGUGCAGCAACGUUCAAAGAGAAUUACUGGGAGAAGCUUGUGAUUUUGCAAAGUGCUACGGAGUCCAAAGACUCCAAGUGUUUAUCUUUCUCGACUGUUUAUCCAGAUCGUGCUUUCUUACUUCCUACUAGUCAUUGUGACGUGUACGCCUGGCAGUACGUAGACGCCAACAUUCGCCAAUCGUUGGUUGAAUUCUCGAUACAUUCCACCGGUGAAACUUGUAAGACGAUUCCGACAACGACGUCAGCGACGAUGAUGACAACGACAAGCCUCGAGACACAGUCAUCGUCAACGACGACAGACAGCUUUCCCAUCGGACAACGUAAGCCGGACAUUUCAAUAGAGUCAGCUGUGCAGAGCGACUCCAACGGGGAAAAGGACAAAUAUCAAGAACUUAUUAAAACGACAAAGUCUCCGACCAAGGACGAACCGCCGGACAUUCUAGACCAUAAGCUACAGACAGUAGAAGAGAGAAUCCGCGAAACUAGUCACUCCGAGAGAUGCCACGUUUAUGUUGUCAACUUAAUUUCUGUUGUAUUGUUUUAUUAUUUGAUUGUCUGAAAUGUAUUAUACUCCCGGUAGCUGUACAUAUUGGCAUUCGGUUUUUUUUAUUCAAACAUUUGUUGUUAUUUAUAUCGUUUUGUACACAAGUGCUAUCUUGGCUGUGAACUUAAGCUAAGACAAAUGAUUUCAUGAACUUUUAUUCUGUAUCAUACAUAGAAAGGAACAUGAUCGUUCUUUACUUAGACUUUGUUAAUUAUUGUCAAGAAAAUAAUCAUGAAUUUAUUUAUGAUAUCAUGAUAUUUGUAAGUAAGUUAUAUUUUUUUUAAAUUCACACCACCCUAAAAGGCUGUAUACUUUUAAUUUUGUUUAGCAAUGUAUUUAAUUUGAAUUCUUAUUAAUUGAUUAAUUCAUUCGUUCAUUCAUUCAUUCAAAACAUUCUGAACUAAAGAUUGAUUUGCAUUAUUAUAAAUAGAUAUAUUUGAGAUAAGAACACUGAUGAUGCCAGAUCUUUUGAUCCAACGUUACACCCUUUACCGAUUUCAUUACAACAAUAUAUCGAUCGAUUGUCGGUUCCGAUAUUCUCAAAUUAAAACUUUUCAAAGACUUUUGUUCUGAGGCUCUUGGUCUUGUUACGUGCCAUUCUCUCAUUAUCGUACAAUCAAACGAAAUGAGAGAGAAAGAAUCAAACGGAAACACACCUGGUACGACUUAUUCUUUACCUCUUUCAUCCAUUUCAAAAAAAUUGAAAAUUAGAUGUAAUCUAAUUCCAUUGCAGUCAUAAAUCAAGCACCUCCUCAUCGUACAGAGAUGUUCUUUGAUGAAAAAACAAAAUCGAUCACGAAGUUUAAUUUUUCCAUUGAGUAAACGUGUUCGUUUGUGUCGCUUGGUAAUCGAAUUUGCAGCGAAAAUGACACAGAAUUGUUUAUUAAUUCAAUUGAACAUUUUGUUUUAUGCAAGAUUCCUUCAGAGUAAAGGAAUGUGUAUGUUUAUUGUACAGUGAUACCAUUUUUCCAUCAGAUCAUUGAAUUAAAGAGAAUAAACACA